CGUACUUUCUGAAUGGACCCAAGAUGGCUGAACGCACACAGGGGGGGUAGUUGGCAAUUAUCUAUGCAAUAUGAUGGAAAUUAAUGUUAAAUAAAGUUAGUAUGUGAAACAUAACAUUGAUGGAGUUAUACGAUUACAGCUGGUUGAUCUGCCUAAUUUUGGAGUGCAAGAAUACCUCGUAAGGAGAGAGACUGGUCUCUCGGCGGCCCAGAGCCAGAACAUGGCGGAACACUUGGGAAAGAAAUAGCUAACGUUAGCAGCUAACGGUAUUAUCAAGAGACACCUAGCUAGCUGAUCCGAAACGUCGGGGGCUACAUUGGACAACACUGGUUGUAAACGGGCAAUAAUAUAACGGGUGCAUAGUAUUUGUCGCUAUUUAACAAUUUACUGUUUUCAUAAUAUGUUUAAUGUAGAUCGGCAGUUAGCUGCCUAGCUGACUAGCUAACUUGCUAUCUAGCCCACUACGGUAGUUACAGUAGCUAGCAUACAACAAUCAUCUCACUGUAGCUGAAGUCUGAGGAUAUAGCAGGUGAUCUUAGCUGAAUGUUUACCAUUGAAACAUACUCGUCAUACUUAGUUAGUCUGAUUGUACUGUUUCUGGAGGAGAAUGCGUACCUAACUAGCAAGUAAGUUAUGUUAAACAGCGCGAGUUGAUCAUGCGUCGUGCAUUUCUAGUCUGCGCAAGACAUGUUUUGCGGAAGCCAGCUAAGGUUAGUUAUCUGUAGGAAGUUACAAUUAGCAAACAGCCAAACCUAAGUAAUCUAGCUACUGUUUGAAAGCGAAAGUGGAUCUAGUUAUCCUCAUACAAGGCAGUCGGUAGAGUUGCGGCGCAAGGUAAAUACAUCGGCGGGGGAAAGCGGUCACGACCACCUGCCAAGAUGACGGAUACCCGCCGCCGAGUCAAAGUUUAUACUCUCAACGAGGACAGACAAUGGGAUGACCGCGGUACGGGACACGUCUCCUCCGGUUAUGUGGAGAGGCUGAAAGGCAUGUCUCUGCUGGUGCGAGCGGAGAGCGAUGGUGAGUCAGGUUCCCUACUGCUCGAGUCGAAAAUCAACCCAAACACAGCCUACCAGAAACAACAGGACACGUUGAUAGUGUGGUCGGAGGCUGAGAACUAUGACCUGGCCCUCAGCUUCCAGGAGAAGGCCGGCUGCGAUGAGAUCUGGGAGAAAAUCUGUCAGGUCCAGGGCAAGGACCCGUCAGUGGACAUCACACAAGAGCUGGUGGACGAGUCGGAGGAGGAGCGCUUUGACGACAUGUCCUCCCCUGGCCUCGAACUCCCUCCCUGCGAGCUGGGCCACCUUGAGGAGCUCGCCGAGCUCGUGGCCUCAUCCCUCCCCUCCCCCUUACGCCGUGAGAAACUAGCCCUGGCUGUGGAGAACGAGGGCUACAUCCGCAAGCUCCUGGAGCUCUUCCGCCAGUGCGAGGACCUGGAGAACGCCGACGGCCUCCACCACCUCUACGAGAUCGUCAAGGGCAUCUUCUUGCUGAACCGCACGGCCCUCUUCGAGGUCAUGUUCUCUGAGGAGUGCAUCAUGGAUGUGAUUGGCUGCCUGGAGCAUGACCCUGCGCUGGGCGGGUUGCCGCGGCGCCACCGCGACUUCCUCACCAAGACGGCGCGCUUCAAGGAGGUCAUCCCUAUCGGUGACCCCGAGCUGCGGGCCAAGAUCCACCAGACGUACCGCGUGCAGUACAUCCAGGACAUGGUGCUGCCCACGCCGUCGGUGUUCGAGGAGAACAUGCUCUCCACGUUGCACUCGUUCAUCUUCUUCAACAAGGUGGAGAUUGUGGGUAUGCUGCAGGACGACGAGAAGUUCCUGACAGACCUCUUUGCACAGCUCACGGAUGAGGCUACCGAUGACGACAAGAGACACGAACUGGUGAACUUCCUAAAGGAGUUCUGCGCCUUCUCACAAACGUUACAACCUCAAAACAGAGACACCUUCUUCAAGACUCUGUCAAACAUGGGAAUUCUCCCUGCACUCGAGGUUAUACUGGGAAUGGAUGAUGUGCAGGUGCGCGGCGCGGCCACCGAUAUCUUCUCCUACCUGGUGGAGUGCAACCCCUCUAUGGUACGAGAGUUUAUCAUGCAGGAGUCCCAGCAGAACGACGACGACAUCCUGCUGAUCAACCUGAUCAUCGAGCACAUGAUCUGUGACUCGGACCCGGAGCUGGGCGGCGCCGUGCAGCUGAUGGGUCUGCUACGCACCCUGGUGGAUCCUGAAAACAUGAUGGCCACCGCCAAUAAAACGGAGAAGACCGAGUUCCUGAGCUUCUUCUACAAGCACUGCAUGCACGUCCUCUCUGCUCCUCUGCUGGCCAACACCACGGAUGACAAACCCAGUAGAGAUGACUUCCAGACGUCUCAGCUGCUGGCGCUGAUCCUGGAGCUGCUGACGUUCUGCGUAGAGCACCACACCUACCACAUCAAGAACUACAUCAUCAACAAGGACAUCCUCCGUAGGGUGCUGGUGCUCACUGCCUCACAGCACGCCUUCCUGGCCCUCUGCGCACUGCGCUUCAUGCGGCGGAUCAUCGGGCUGAAGGACGAGUUCUACAACCGCUACAUCAUGAAGAACUUCCUGUUUGAGCCGGUGGUCAAGGCCUUCCUCAGCAACGGCGCCCGCUACAACCUCAUGAAUUCCGCCAUCAUCGAGAUGUUUGAAUAUGUCCGCGUGGAGGAUGUGAAGUCCCUGACGGCCCACAUAGUGGAGAACUACUGGAAGGCCCUGGAGGAUGUGAACUACGUGCAAACCUUCAAAGGGCUGAAGCUGCGGUAUGAACAGCAGAGGGAGAGGCAGGACAACCCCAAACUGGACAGCAUGCGGUCGAUCCUGAGGAACCACCGGUUCCGGCGUGAUGCGCGAACGCUGGACGACGAUGAGGAGAUGUGGUUCAACGCGGACGAGGAAGAGCUUGAGGACUGCGAGGCGGUGGUGCCCCCCUCGGACAACAAGAUCACCAAAGCGAGCGGUGGCACCGCCGAGAAUGAAGACCUCAUGGACCCCAUCAGCAAGUUCAUGGAAAGGAAGAAACUGAAAGACUCCGAUGACAAGGAAGUCCUGGGCAAGUCCAGUAGUCUGUCAGGCCGCCAGAGCCCCAGCUUCAAACUCUCCUUCUCCGGCUCCACCACCAAGACCAGCCUGUCCAGCCCGCCCGCAUCGCUGCGCCCCGGCUCGCCUGGGUCAGGGGCCAAGGGCUCGCCCCCGACAGCAGCCACAGUCACCACAAAGGUGGGGCUGGUGGACUACCCCGAUGACGACGAAGAAGACGAAGAGGAUGUGGGUGGCGAGAGUAAAGAAGAGACUCCGCCCUUGUCCAAGAAGUCCAAGCUUAGCUCCUAAUAAAAAUAAAUUGUCAAUGACUACUUUCCACCGAUCCCACGAUAGACUCAACACCGGAUGGAACAAAAUCUGCUCAAACUGUUAAAACAAAUAAAUGAACCCCCCCUUGGUUUUCCAUGGGUGCUUCUGUUAAGGAGCGGACUAUGGAUGGGAACGCAUCUCCUCGAACUAAUCCCAAUAUACAAGUGCCAAUCGGGAGGCUGCAGAGCUAGGAGCGAACGAACUGAAAAGAGAAAGGCGGAGAGAGAAGACUAUUACCGAUAACGGCGUCAGAUAAACGGGGCAGACUGACGAUUUGUAAUCCAACAAAGCUAAAAUACAGCGGGAAAUGACCACAUAAAUACACACAUUCAUCCACACACACAGACUUAAACCCCAAAGAGCUUGCGUGCUCGGACCAUGACCCACUGCCCCACCCCAAACCCCCCCACUCAGGGAAGGACAUUACAGCGACCCCCCCCCCCCCUCCCCCAAUGGGGCUGACCAAUCAGAUGCAGAACCACUCACCCCCUACACUGACUUCUCCACCCACUUCUGUUAAUUUCUCUCUUCUCCCUCCACUUCUCCCCCCCCAUUCUCAUUUUUUUGUUUGUUUUUAUGUUGUUUAAAAAAAAAAAAUGCUAGUUUCUAGGACCAGACGGGAGACUGCAGACCGACGGGGCGAAAUCGCUGUCGUUGUUUUUCAUUUUGAUGAUGAUGUCAUCAGUGCUGUCGUCGUCGCUCAGCGGAAGUUCUUCCUCAAUAGAGAAAAGCCAGCUGUUAAUUUUCCCCCCCUUUUUAAUCACUCUCUCGCUCUUCUGUUUUUGUAAAUGACAACAAAGAGACCUGCCUUUACAUGUUCAGGAACUUUUCAGUCUCACCUGAACAGGUUUUUAAAGACCGCAGUAGGUCGAGCUAGUUUUACCCUUUUUUUUUUGCCCUUUUGAAACUGCAGAUUUUUUGGGAAAAUAAUUUGUAAUCCUGUCUUGAUUAAAUAUUGAGUGGAAUUCUAGAUGUGAUCAAUUUUUAUCAUAUCUUCACAUUUUUGUUUUGUUUUCUUUAACGUUGUUGUUCAGAAAUAUUUGGGACCAUUAAAAAUGAUCUUGCUGUA